AUGACAGUGGAGGAUGAAAUAUCGAACGAUGAGGGGAAUGUGGAGAUGUCAUCAUCAGCAUCGAAUGUUGGAACAUGUCAAAGCUUAUCAUCAAUUUUUACAUGUGUUUCAUCAACGAACAAUGAUAGCUCAAUCAAUGUUAGCCCAAUAACGCUCACUCAAGAAGAUUCUCAGGAAGAGCAUGAAGAGAUCGAGGAGCAAAGGGAUGAAAUCCGGAUAACCGGUGGAACCGAAAAGAGUUGGACAAGUAGGACAAAAAGACGAGUACACAGUGAAGAAAUAAACUACGGGGAACGAAUUGCGGAUGAUUUAAUCAACGAAUAUUGUGAUAAGCUGAACACAGCACUGCGAAACCGGUUUGAUGGCAUGCUUGCUAUUCAGUAUAUUGCACUUGAUCCACAGAAUUUGGAUAGGCUCAUAACUGGCCGUAAACCAGUCCUUCAGAUUCUUUUGGAUCAAAAGCGUGAACACUAUGUACUGGUUGAACGGACACUUGUUGAUGAUAUCGUGGUCGUAUUCGACUCCCUUGCCACUUCUAGGAAAAAAGCUAGGGAUGCGUUAAAUCGUGGAUUAGCGGAACAGAUUUUCAACAUGUUCAAACACCUAUCAUCGACCGAUGAGGUGAAAGUACGAUAUGAAAUUGCAAUUGAAAAACAAGAUGAUAUGUGGUCAUGUGGUUUACGCACAGUUGCAUACAUCACAUGCCGAGCAUUCGAUCGUGAUCCUCGAUGCUACAUAUUCAACAUGGAAAAAGUCUUCAAAUAUUUCUGUAAUUUAUUGAACCAGCAAAAUCCGAAUAUUGAAGAAUUUCGACACGCAUUUGGACGAUUUGGAAAAUGGAAGCAUCAUCAACUGGAAACGGAAGAAGCUAUCUUUAAAAUAACGAAGCAAAAUGAUCACCAACUUAAUAUUGAAAACAGUGACAUGCAAGAAACGAAUAUGUUAAGUGAUAACAGCACAACAUCUAAUGAAGGUGAAAGGAAUCUGAAGAGAAAUGAUAAAAAGCAUGAAUGA